UUGAGGCCAGUGAGGCCACUGAGUCUUGACAGCUGGUGGUUUCGGCGCAUGCGCAGAGCAGUCGCAGAGAGGAAGCGCGACAGAGCAGUAGGAACGGACGAUCUGCGGCUGAUAUCCUCUGACACAAUUAUGUCUGUCUCGCCACUGCCAGUUUCUCUCAGGUGUCCGUUUACCGGAGCCUGAAUGGCGUUGGUAACUGUGCAGCGGUCGCCUACUCCAAGCGCAACAUCCAGUCCUUGCGUUUCGGAGUCUGGCAGUGGGGAAGAUGACCGUCAAUCCCAGCCCAGAAGCAUCAGUGAAAGCUUCCUAACAGUAAAAGGUGCUGCUCUUUUCCUUCCACGUGGGAAUGGCUCCUCUUCCUCCUCCUGCUCCUCCAGAAUCACAGCGCAACGCAGCAAACAUGCAGGAGACCUUCAGCAGCACCUGCAGACAAUGUUCACAUUACUGCGGCCAGAGGACAACAUCCGUCUGGCUGUGCGGUUGGAGAGCGUUUUCCCGCAGUGCACCCGUUACAUGGUGGUGGUCUCCACUAAUGGCAGACAGGACACAGAAGAGAGUGUGUUGCUGGGCAUGGACUUCAGCCCUUCCGACAGUUCCUGUUCGAUAGGCAUGGUGCUUCCUUUGUGGAGUGACACACGUAUCCACCUGGAUGGUGACGGGGGUUUUAGUGUGUCUACAGAUAACAAGAUACACAUAUUCAAGCCUGUAUCAGUGCAAGCCAUGUGGUCUGCCCUGCAGUCUCUUCAUAAGGCCUGUGAAGUGGCCCGCUGUCAUAGCUACUUUCCAGGUAGCCUCUUCCUGACCUGGGUUAGUUACUACCAGAGCCGGGUGUCUUCAGAUCAGGCCUUCAUCAAUGAGUGGAACGCUAUGCAGGACGUUGUGUCCCACCGAGCAGACUCACCUGUGCUCUUCUCUGAAGUGCCAACUGAGAGAGAAAGAACAGAGAGACUUAUCAAAACUCGUUUGAGAGAGAUCAUGAUGCAGAAGGACCUUGAGAACGUCACCUCUAAAGAUAUCCGCACAGAGCUGGAGAUGCAGAUGGUGUGUAAUCUACGGGAAUUUAAGGAGUACAUUGAUAAUGAGAUGAUCGUCAUCUUGGGGCAGAUGGACAGGCCCACAGAGAUUUUUGAGCAUGUUUACCUGGGUUCUGAAUGGAAUGCAUCUAAUCUGGAAGAGCUACAAAACACCGGGGUGCAAUACAUCCUUAAUGUGACGAGGGAGAUCGAUAACUUCUUCCCAAGCCUAUUUGAGUACCACAAUAUCCGGGUUUACGAUGAAGAGGCCACAGACUUGCUGGCUUACUGGAAUGACACUUAUAAAUUCAUCUCUAGAGCCAAGAAAGCAGGGGCAAAGUGUCUGGUGCAUUGUAAGAUGGGCGUUAGUCGUUCGGCCUCCACUGUGAUCGCAUACGCCAUGAAGGAGUACGGCUGGGACCUGAAGCAGGCCUUUGAGUAUGUUAAAGAGCGGCGAGCUGUCACUAAACCCAACCCAUCAUUCAUGAGACAGCUGGAAGAGUAUCAGGGAAUCCUGUUUGAUGGUUGUGGUGUUGAUAUUUGGGUGGUGAUUGAGCCGCUCUGUAAGGCCACUGCUGCACAGUCUCUUGGACGCUCCAAUUCCCGCAACCAGACCUUUGGCCAGACGUCACCCUCAAUACAGGAGCUACUGCAGACUCUCACACCCAACUCGGCCAGUGCUGCUGAGGCUAAGGGGCGGAUAGAGCCUGAUACGACAUCCUGGCCAGAUAUCCACAUUUACAAUGGCCUGGGCAACCCAGAUGACAUCCUCCAUGAACCCACAGAGACGUCUUCCCUCCCCAGACCCAGGGCUGCCACUGUGGUCCCAGAGGCCAGAUCCGAUGUUAUCUCAGUGACUAUUGCAGAGACUUUCCCGUUGGGUCAUCCUCACCCACCCACUGUUGUACAUAAUCCACCAUCGUCCCCUAGGCUUCUCUCAGAUGCAAAGGCCAAGCAAGGUCUGUCUGAGCAGCUUGAGGUGUCCAUUCUUGUGCCUUUGGAGAAGUCAAGUCCAAAGGUGCUCUCAUCUGUGAGCGUUAGGAGUAGGACUCCUGAGCCAUGCACACAGACCCCGGAUUCUUCAGGGCUGCAGGAUAUCAACCAGCAAGUGCCUAACAUGGACACGGACUGUGUGGGGCUAAGUUACAUCAGUGAUGAAGACCACCACCCCAGUGCCACAUUACACAGAGCAGGGCUCUCUACCACCCCUCCCUUGACUCUAAGCACAGACCGCAUUGACUUCUUCAGUGCCAGAGAGAAGUUCCAGGGCCUUUCUCAAGAGGGUCAGAUCCGUGGGACUUCUGAGCAGGCAGUGCAGCAGACACCACGGGACAAAAGCCCAAGUAUAGAAACCAAACAGCUACUUCCUGACAACCCUAUCAAAGAGGAGGAACAGAAAAAGGAGAGCUGCAGUGUCUCAGUCCAUAACACAGUUUCAGAAAAGGAGACCAUACGGCACAGUGUAACCCCUCCCCCUCCUCCUACCAGCCAACAUAUUUCCAGUGGCAGCAGUGAAGAAGAGGAGUUCACACAAGCCACAUCAGCGGAAGCUGAAAAGGAGAAGCUGGAGCAUGGGAAAGACCAGCAAAGCAACUGGCCAAAGGGCACCGUGCGCCAAGCCACCAGGGAGCUUGAGCAGAAGAUCAAGCAGAAGGUCUCGUCAGUGACACUGGCAUCCUUGUCCCCCGUGUGUCCCUUGCGAUGCUCCCCCAUCAACACCAGCAGCAGAGAGAAAACUGAGGAGACCUCAUAUCACACACACCUCACACCUGAUCCAAGCACUGUGUCAACACGCCAUCACCAGCCUCAGAACAACACGGACAAGGUGGAGAAAGACGAGAGUUUUUCGGCUGAUGAGGACAGAACUGGAAGAGAGUGCGAGAGACGACUCAGGGAGGGAGAGCGCAUGAACACUGGCCUCACGCACUCAAGACGAAGCCAUUCCAUUUCAUCUAGCUCGUCUCUGGCCAUGGUUCUACAGCUGGAGGGAAUCACUGAGCAGGAGAGUUACACAGACUCUGAUUGUCCACCGGGACGCUGUCCAAAAGACAUGAGGGAAACCUGGGAGACCCUGAAAGAACUCGGGGCGUUCCUCUGGCAGGUGAGUGGCUGCUCGGACAGGUGGCUCAACCAACCGUGGUCCAGAAGGGAGCAAAGAAAGGGCUGGGCUGCGCGAGAGAGGACCAAAGAGGUGGAGGCUAGGAUCCGGCAGGCUGGCCUGACCCCACCCUCAAUGAUGAAGCGCUCAGCCUCGUUGGCCAAACUUGGGUCUUUUGAGCUCUCGCCUGUUGACCUGAGUGAGCUUGACUUAAGUCCUGCCUUACUCUCUGCUCCCACCAAUAAGCCACGUUCCCACUUGUGUAGUGAUGAUACCUCAAAAAAGAAAUGCAUUUUGCCCCAUUGCACUCCUGCUCUCCCUUCCUCUUCUGCCUCUCUUGUUUCUUCCUCUGGAUCUCAUAUGCUCGGACACGCAAAGAAUGAUGAUGAGACUGAAGAGGCAGAAUAUAGUGACUGUAAUGUCGUGCCCAUGCCACUGCCACUCUCCCCACGCUCCAGUCAGUGUUGGAGGCAGGAUAAUGCACAGGAGGAGGCAGGUUACGCCCCGUUACCCGCUUCUGCCUUGAUACCUGUGGCAACGCGCCAACAAUAUGGGAGGACACAUCCCCUGCAGAGGCUGAAGAAACGGACCAUUGACCCUUACCACACUAUGUGAUUUUUAUUCUGUAUGUGUGAGUGUGCGUGUGUUUGUGUUUGUGCCUGCCUUUGUGAGUUUGUGAUUAAAGAGAUAGUUCACCC